AUGAUGUUCUUAUUCCAAGCCAGCCAGUCCCCACAAGAGUCGAUAUCGAGAGGACCAAGGCCGAAACGCAUCAAGAUCAGAGUUGCAUGUAAUGUCUGCAAGGCGAGGAAGACGAAAUGUGACGGUGCGAGACCAAUAUGCGGUCCCUGCUCAAGACGGAGACGAAACUCGCAGGCUUGUAUCUAUCGCGAGAGUGAUGGUGAAGCCGCAUCAGGUAUUCGAGAGAAGACCAUAUCCCGCACCGAACAGUCAAGAUAUACCAGUGAACGCCCAAAUGACCCUCCAACUGAUGAUGACGACCGGGCGAGCUUGUACAGUGCAAUUGUGCCCAGCGGUAGUCUCUUCGGGGCAUCUGGGGGAGUACAUCUCCCUGAAGUCAAUACCGAGAGCAAACAAGAAAACACCAGUCGCGUCCUGCCCAGAGCACUCAAACAACUUCCACAUCUAGAGAAACAAACCCCCAGGAAAGAAUCUGACCUGCAGUAUGCCAUCCCCCCACGGAAGGUGGCUGACACUCUCCUGAAUCUAUAUUGGGACUACGUCGACAGCGCUUACCCUUGGCUCGAUCGACCGGCCAUUGAAGGCGCAUACGAGACUCUAUGGGUCAAGGACGGAGAACCGGCGAUGAAUGAGAGGGUGUUGCAUUGCUUGCUGAACCUCAUGUUUGCCACAUCCUGUGUUGCCUCUCAGGGCCAACCCCCUCUCUCCCGUGAUCACUCUUCGGCGGUCUUCUUCGCCAGAGCUCAAGAAUUGAUGUCCUAUGAAGUGAUGGAAAUGUACAAUUUCGAAAUCAUACAGAUACUGUUACUCACGGCGGUAUAUCAACAACAUGAGAAAGUCCCCCAGAAAUGCUUCCGAAACAUUGGCAUGGCAAUUCACAUUGCCCAGGAGUUGGGGUUGCACAUCCCAGGAACAACAGAGGCUAUGGAAAAUCCGAAAGAGCGAGACCUUGCGCGUCAGGUUUGGAAUGGAUGUGUUAUUCUUGACAGAAUAUGUUCCAUGACUUUCGGUUGUGCCCUCAAAAUCCCUCAAUCGGUUGCAAAACAAGGAUUGAACUCCUUGAUGCUGCCCCCCGACACUGCAAACACGGCUCUGCCCUCCAAAGUCAACUUUUACAUUUCAUUCUGUCGACUUCAUCACAUCAUCGGAGACGUGUUGGAAACCUUCUAUAUCGUCGGUGAUACCAAAGCGGAGCAAAACUCCUCACUCUUCUUCGACAAAUUCGCCUGCCUGUUUCGAAUUGAUUCGGCUUUGAAUGAAUGGGCCCGCGGCCUCCACCCUUUCUUUCAAAUGCCAUCGGAUGCGGAAGACCCAACGCCAACGAAACAUAUCACUCGUGAAGCAAAUGUUCUACGUGCCCGGUAUCUCUCUGUCCGACUUCUCCUUUUCCGACUCUUGCUUCUACAAAUUCACCAACAAAGGCCCGAGAAUCUCCCAGGGUCUGGGAUCGGGUUAUAUACAGACGACCAGAUCAUGCCCCACGUGGUGUUCCAAUGCCAAGUAAACUGUACCAAAGCUGCAGCCGAUAUGAUCGAGUUCAUCGGCAGGAACUCCCCGGAGCAGAAACAAGCAUACAUCUUACCAUCAAACUGGUACACUGUUUCAUAUGUAUACAUGGCCGUAACCAAUCUACUUGCAGCCCAAUCAUCCCCACAAAUAGUGGAGUACUUCUCCGCGGCUCGCUUGAGGGAUGUUCUGCAACAGGCUCAUGACAUUCUUAAGGAUUAUGAAAAACAUCCUAUAUUGGCGUCGAGGUGUAGCUCGGUGAUCAAGUUGAUUGAAGACUAUGCCCCUGUGGAGGGGUCUAAUGUCGUCAUGGACCAUGACCACACACCCGUGCAGGAUCUCGUUGUUGAGGGAAAUGACCCUCAAGUCAUCGAGAAUUUGGCUAUGGUGGAAAACUAUUCGUUUGAUUGGAAUGAAUGGCCCAUGUUCUUUGCGCAGUUGGAUGGCGAUACUCCGGCUGGAAGCUGGGAUAUAGAGGCAUAG